AUGCCGCUGGAUUGGGAGUGGGGCCUUCUGCCUCUCAGCUCCCUCAACCCUCCAACUGACGAAGCCAAGCAACGCUUCCCUCGCAUCGCGGCGGAGCAGCGAGGCCCUCCCCGGAACCGGGCUCUGGAUAAGGUUGAUCCGGAUCCUUAUAUCCACUGGACCGACCUCAAGAUGGGCCGGACUCACACUUCACGCCCCGACGCUCCCUCAGCCAGCACCAACCCGCAGGUCCACGAACACGUGGUUCCGCUGCAGGCCGAGGUCGGCCAUGAGUUUCUGGAGAAGCUCAGCUCCCAGGAGAAGAGAAAGGCUCCGGCACCUGAAGCCAGCUCCAGCGAGGUUCCUCCCGCCAAGCGCCCAAAGAAGCCCUCUAAGAGGCAUUAUCCCAGCGCUCAAGAUUUCCAAGAGCGCUUCCGGCAUGCCUCCGGAAAGCUCCGAAGACGCCGCAAGGCCUUCACCUCCUCCUCAACAAAGUCCGAUUACCGCGCGGAGGAGGACAUCGUCUCCACUCCUAAGAACCAAGACACCGGCGCCAGCAACACCAGCGCCGAUACUGAAGAUGCCGGGCAGACGGAAACUUUGGUUUCCACCGUCCCCCAAAAGAAGAAGAAGACUUCCGCUUCCUCCCCCUCUACGUCUGUUCCGAAAACUUCCGCGCCGGGCGCGCCUGAUGCCUCUGCACCGCCCAAGUCUACUUCCAUGCCCCCUCCAGCAAGUUCAGCCGGAGGUUCCAGCGCGGCCAAGCCUCCAACACCGCCGCCAAGCCAAGAGCCCGUUGUGGCCAAAACUAAGCUGAUGCCGCCGCCAGAAGGCGCCAAGCUGCGCGUGUCGGAACAUUUUAAGGCGAAGGCAACGACUUCCGACCCGCAGUCGCUGGUGCUACACUCCGGCCCCGCCGCUGUCGUGGCUGGAGAGAGAGCUACCGGCCUGCUAGGCCGGAUCACAGAGCUCAAGCGCGAGGGCCGCGAGCUGGGGCACUUGCUUGAUUAUGCUGAGAAGUGGAAUCAAGCAGAUGUGUCCGCGGCUACGCGCGGCGUGGGGAAGGACCGGCUUCCUAUCAUCGAUCCGGCCGGCCCCCGGAGCACCGAAGAACACUUCAUGCGACUCAAGCGCGUAGUGAAGGAGUUCGACAAUGCGUGGCAUGGCGCCACCAGCAAUGUGGUGGUUUUGUUCUUUCCGGAUUCAUAUAUAUCCUCCCAGUUCCCGACCAUUCCGGAAGCCUCCCUUGAGGCCCUCAAGACCCAGGUUGGCAACCUCCAAGCUGAAAAGGAGCAGCUCAUCCGGGACCACCAGAAGGCCUUGGACGCCCAGAAAACCAUCUCCAGGGAGCUCAAGGAGCAGGCUAUCCAGGCCACGCUCCGGCAUGACCAAGAGCUAAAGGAUGCCAAGGCAGCAGCCGAGGCCAGGCUGGCGGAGGUUGUGGAUGAUUCCGCGAACUCCACCGCGGUGCUGAGGGCAGAGCUGGAGGAAAUGGGCAAGUUCCAGAAGGCUGCCGAAGACCAGGUCGCCCGCUUAACCGCGGAGCAGAAGGAGUACGAUGAGCUGGUUACGCGAACCGACGCGCUCGCCCUCAGACUCUUUCCGGACUCGCAGGUGCACACGCAAAAGAAAGUUUCAGAUCGCCGGAUUGCACAGCAAUUCCAAAAUCUGGCCGCGCCUUGGGAUCCUUAUGAUCACUUGGUUGCUCUUUCUGCCCGCGUCCAGCAUAUGCGCACUGUGGACCGGCAUCUCGACGACCUGCCUGACGUAGCGAUCCAGCUCUAUAAGGUCUUGUGGCCUGGGGAAGCGCUGCCGGCAAACCUGACGCUCACCUCCGAGCGGCUGAAAGAUGCCAGGCGAAGGAUCCGCGAGUGGCACUUGCGUCAGGAAGCUCCCACCGACACGGAUCCGGUCCUCACCGCGAAGCGGAAGGACCGUGCCUACCAGAUCGCGGAGUACGCCCCGGUGCGCACCUUUAUUCCCCCUCCUCCUGGAGUUGAAGAUUGGCUCAACGACGAAGGAGAAGAAGAGGAGGAGGAAGAAGAGGAUGCCGAAGACGCGCCCCCGGAAGGUCCAGAGGCCGGUGAUGCUCCCCCUGAAGCCCCCAUUGCCUGA